CGCACUGAAGGCAGCGGCCCCAGGGAGCGGAGGGUUUGCGGGAUCUGCGGUGAAAGGAGGACCCGCCUCGAGCCACCCGAGCCGCGCUCCCGCCGCGGCGGCUGUUUGUUCCCGCCGGGCCCCUCCGCGGAGGCACUCCGCCCGCCCCCGCCCCACCCAGCUCAGGGAGCUCCGCCCCGGGCUCGCGUUCUUCCGCCUUAGGCUGCCGCCAGGCGGGAAGAACUAAUUUACCGACCUCCCCUCCCGGGGUAGGGGGGCGGCUGGGGGCCGAGACCGGCUGUGUAAGGGAAGGCCUCAACUCCUUCCGCCCGCGCCCGGGGCGCAGGCCCCCGCUCGGUUUCCCAGGGCAGCGGAGAGAGCCGCCCCCAGUCGGGUGCUCAUCGAGAGGUGAGAGCGGCCGAGUGGGCCACGAGGGGGCGCUGCGGAGCUGGGGGACACCCCUCCCUGCCAGCCUCAGUCCCCCGCCCCCUCCCCGCCCGCGCGCAAAACACACUCGCCCCAGAGGCAGCGCGGCGGAGCCCGAGCCGCGGCCGGAGCGGAGCCGGAGAGCGGCGGUGGCGGCGGCGGCACCAUGACCCUGGGCAGCUGCUGCUGCGAGAUCAUGUCCUCCGAGAGCUCCCCGGCCGCGCUGUCCGAGGCCGACGCAGAUAUAGACGUGGUGGGCGGCGGCGGCGGCGGCAGCGGUGGGGGGGAGCCCCCUGCCCGUUCCGGACCCCGCGCCCCCCGGGACCUACUCCCCCACGGCCCCGAGCCUCCUCCAGAGGAAGCCGAGGGGGACGCCGCUGACGACGAGGAGGAAUCCGGCGGCUGCUCGGACGGCGAGCCCCGCGCUCUAGCGCCCCGAGGGGCGGCGGCCGCAGCGGGAAGCCCAGGGCCAGGCACUGCGGCCGCCCGGGGCGCGGCGGGGCCCGGGCCCGGACCGCCGUCGGGGGGCGCGGCGACUCGGAGCCCGCUGGUGAAGCCGCCCUACUCGUACAUCGCGCUCAUCACCAUGGCCAUCCUGCAGAGCCCCAAGAAGCGCUUGACGUUGAGCGAGAUCUGCGAGUUCAUCAGCGGCCGCUUCCCCUACUACCGGGAGAAAUUCCCCGCCUGGCAGAACAGCAUCCGCCACAACCUAUCGCUCAACGACUGUUUCGUCAAGAUUCCCCGCGAGCCGGGCAACCCGGGCAAGGGCAACUACUGGACGCUCGACCCGGAGUCGGCCGACAUGUUCGACAACGGCAGCUUCCUGCGGCGCCGCAAGCGCUUUAAGCGGCAGCCGCUACCGCCGCCGCAUCCACACACGCACCCUCACCCUGAGCUGUUGUUGCGCGGCGGGGCUGCGGCGGCGGGGGACGCCGGCGCCUUCCUGCCGGGCUUCGCGGCUUAUGGCGCCUACGGCUACGGCUACGGGCUAGCGCUCCCGGCCUACGGCGCACCCCCGCCGGGCCCGGCUCCGCACCCGCAUCCACACGCCUUCGCUUUCGCCGCCGCCGCUGCACCUUGCCAGCUGUCGGUACCCCCAGGCCGUGCCGCGGCGCCUCCACCCGGACCUCCGACGGCUUCGGUGUUCGCGGGCGCAGCCUCGGCUCCGGCCCCUGCGCCGGGCACAGGAUCGGGCCCGGGCCCCUCAGGCCUGCCAGCCUUCCUAGGCGCGGAGCUUGGCUGCGCCAAAGCCUUCUACCCCGCGUCCCUGAGCCCUCCCGCAGCAGGCACCGCGCUCCUGCGCCAGGGCCUCAAGACGGACGCGGGCGGCGGGGGCGCCGGGGCUGGGCAGAGGCCUUCCUUCUCUAUAGACCACAUCAUGGGCCACGGUGGCGGCGCGGCAGUACCCCCGGGCGGGGGCGAGGGCUCCCCGGGAUCGCCGUUCUCGGCGGCGGCAGGUCCUGGGGGUCAGGCCCAGGUCUUGGCCAUGCUGACUACCCCAGCCCUAGCUCCAGUGGCCGGCCACAUCCGCCUCUCGCACCACGGGGACACGCUCCUGUCCUCAGGGCCCCCGUUUGCUGGCAAAGUAGCAGGCCUCAGUGGCUGCCACUUCUGACCGUGUCGGGAUCUGGGCCACUGAAGCCCGCACUCCUCAGCCUCUCCCGGGAGCUCCUGCGGUCGCAGCGGAACUCAGGGAGUCUAUUUAUGAAGAGUCUCCAGACCUGGGGCCGGCGCGCGUGACUUAGCACUUCAGGCUCCACGCUCAGAAUCUCUCCGAUAGUUGGGACGAAGCGGGCUCCGUCGCUCAGGGGGAGGCCCGGGUCUAUGCGACGAGGUCGCUGGCCAUGAUCCCGUUCCAGUUUGAGCAGUAAAAGGGUGAGGGGGAAGUCUUCGCUUUUCCCCAGUCUCUGCGCCUCUCGGCAGCCCCGGAAGAAUGCUCUCCCGGAGAGGUGCCCGCCCAGGCCCGGCAGAUCCCGCCAGAAACACCAACUUCGCAGAGAGGUCUCCCUUUCUGCCUCUCCCACACUCCUUCCCCAACUUUGAGGCCCUGAUUGUCCAAUAUUAUAAUUUAAAGACACCUAUUCUCUGCUUUGUGCUUAAAAGAAAAAUUCAACUUUUUUUUUUCCUUGCUGUUCUCCAAGGAACUUCGUUCUCUUGGAAGCCUACAGCAAUGUCUACACAGGCGAAGUUGAACGGACAGGUGAAGCGAGGGGUCUCCACAAUCCGUGCGCAAUCCCGGAAUCCCACUCCAUUGAGGAAAAUCCUCCCUCUUUUGUGUUGGGGCGCUUUUGAAGAAACUUUACCCCUUUCCUGUGGCCGGCUGGGUCCAGCCAUCCAGGGCCAGCAGCCCUCUCAGCGGUCUGCUACGUCCCAGGCCCUGGGAUAUUUAUUGUAGCUAAAGGCAAUGAGGUUGGGGUGGGAGAGGAGGGUCUGGGUCAGGGACUGGAGAGGCGGGGGGUGGCCAGGGCACAUCCUGUGGCAGGGGUCCUGUAAUUAUGUGUAAAUAUCUGUACAGCGGGCUGCUAUCUGCAUUCUCUGUCCACUGGGUGUGCAUUGAUUUAGACUUCUCCACUUGGGGAGACUCUGUGAAACUGUCUGAAGGUUUGUGUGGAAGAAAAGAAAAACCUGUCUCCCCCCACCCCACUCCCCAUUGGUGUCAAUUGAAUAAAUGUACGUGAAC